GGACGACGGGGGACGGACGGGGACGGGGCCAGUCGACGGUUGCAAAUGGCGACAGCCACGAAGUCUCUGGCACGGGCUCGCGACUAGUUCCACGCCUACCGUGCGCCCCGCGAGCGAGCCGUGCGCGAACGCAGCCCCAGCGCGCCCAGAUCGGUAGUCUUGAGCGAGACGAGGCAAGAUGCCGGCCGUCAGAGGAGAUGGUAUGCGUGGACUGGCGGUAUUCAUAUCGGACAUCAGGAACUGCAAAAGUAAAGAGGCAGAGGUCAAGAGAAUUAACAAGGAACUGGCAAACAUACGCAGCAAGUUUAAAGGGGACAAGACGCUCGAUGGAUACCAGAAGAAGAAGUAUGUUUGCAAGCUGCUGUUCAUCUUCCUUCUCGGCCACGAUAUCGACUUCGGACAUAUGGAAGCGGUCAAUCUACUUUCAUCGAACAAGUAUUCGGAAAAGCAAAUUGGAUAUCUCUUCAUAUCGGUCCUAGUGAACACCAACAGCGAUCUGAUCAAGUUAAUCAUCCAGAGUAUAAAGAAUGAUCUCGCCUCGCGCAAUCCGAUUCACGUUAAUCUGGCCCUGCAGUGCAUCGCGAACAUCGGCAGCAAGGAGAUGGCGGAGGCCUUCGGCAAUGAAAUUCCAAAGCUGCUCGUCUCAGGAGAUACCAUGGACGUCGUGAAACAGAGUGCCGCGCUGUGUCUGCUACGGCUGUUACGGACAGCUCCCGAUGUCGUACCUGGCGGCGAAUGGACGUCGCGUAUAGUUCAUCUGCUGAACGACCAACAUCUGGGCGUCGUGACGGCCGCGGCGUCGCUCAUAGACGCUCUCGUAAAGAGAAAUCCCGACGAGUACAAGGGCUGCGUCAGUCUUGCAGUUUCGAGAUUGAGUAGGAUUGUUACAUCGAGUUACACAGAUCUGCAGGAUUACACAUAUUACUUUGUACCGGCCCCGUGGUUAUCCGUCAAGCUGUUACGUUUGCUGCAGAACUAUACACCGCCAGCCGAAGAUCCAGGUGUGAGAGGCAGAUUAAACGAGUGUCUAGAAACAAUAUUAAACAAAGCUCAAGAACCACCAAAGUCGAAGAAGGUCCAGCACUCGAACGCGAAGAAUGCUGUACUCUUUGAAGCCAUUAGUUUAAUUAUCCACAACGAUAGCGAGCCGAACCUCCUUGUACGGGCAUGCAACCAGCUCGGGCAAUUUUUAUCGAAUCGUGAGACCAAUUUGCGAUACCUGGCACUCGAGUCCAUGUGCCACUUGGCUACUUCGGAAUUCUCGCACGAAGCCGUAAAGAAACACCAAGAAGUAGUGAUAUUAUCCAUGAAGAUGGAGAAGGACGUUUCUGUGAGGCAGCAAGCAGUAGAUCUGCUGUACGCAAUGUGUGAUAAAAGCAAUGCCGAGGAGAUUGUUCAGGAAAUGCUGAACUAUUUGGAAACAGCCGACUACUCGAUUAGAGAAGAGAUGGUCCUUAAAGUAGCGAUUCUAGCGGAAAAAUACGCGACUGACUACACUUGGUAUGUCGACGUUAUCCUAAACCUGAUUAGGAUAGCGGGCGACUACGUCUCCGAGGAAGUUUGGUAUCGGGUUAUUCAAAUAGUUAUUAAUCGGGACGACGUUCAGGGUUACGCUGCGAAAACCGUCUUCGAGGCACUGCAAGCACCUGCUUGUCACGAAAAUAUGGUUAAAGUCGGUGGUUAUAUACUUGGAGAGUUCGGUAAUCUCAUAGCUGGUGACCAGCGGUCUUCUCCAGCUGUUCAGUUUCAACUAUUACAUUCCAAAUAUCAUUUAUGCUCUCCUAUGACUCGAGCAUUGCUGCUUUCGACGUACAUAAAGUUUGUCAAUCUGUUCCCUGAAAUACGAAGCCAGAUACAAGACGUCUUCAGGCAGCACAGUAAUCUACGUAGCGCGGACGCUGAGUUGCAACAGAGAGCAUCGGAAUAUUUACAAUUGAGCAUUAUCGCUUCAAACGACGUCCUGGCCACCGUGUUGGAAGAAAUGCCGGCGUUCCCCGAAAGAGAAUCCUCUAUCCUCGCAGUUUUAAAGAAAAAGAAACCGGGUCGAGUACCGGAGAACGAAAUUAGGGAGAACAAGAGCCCAGCGCCGAACGCUAAUCAUCAUGCUGAGCCUCCCGCCACUGUUGCAACCGUGACAGUUAACAAUUCUUCUGCUGAUCUACUAGGGUUGUCGACUCCACCUUCGUCUCAACCGUCUAGCAAUACAGGCGUGUUGCUCGAUGUUCUGGGAGAUAUUUAUAACAUGCCAAAUAAACUUGGUGCUACCAACGGCACCCAAAAUACAUACAAUCCGAAAAAGUUUGUCUGCAAAAAUAAUGGUGUCUUGUUUGAAAAUGACUUGAUACAAAUCGGCGUAAAAUCAGAGUUUAGACAAAAUCUUGGACGCGUAGGUCUUUUUUAUGGAAACAAGACGCAACACGCAUUGCACAGUUUUCAACCACAAUUGUCUUGGACAGACGAGAAUCAAGCGAAACUAGCUGUACAAGUCAAACCUGUUGAUCCUAUAUUGGAAGCUGGCGCUCAGAUUCAGCAAAUGAUCAAUGGAGAAUGUAUUGAUGAUUAUAACGAUACGCCGAGUAUGAUUAUCUCCUUCAUUUACAACAAUGUGCCACAGAAGAUCACGAUGAAGUUACCAUUAACAAUUAAUAAGUUCUUCGAACCGACAGAGAUGAAUGGAGAAUCAUUCUUUGCAAGAUGGAAAAAUCUUGGCGGAACGAAUCAACAACGAUCGCAGAAGAUUUUCAAAGCGCAGCAACCGAUGGAUCUAACGCAAGUACGCACGAAACUACAAGGAUUUGGAAUGCAAUUGCUCGAUGGUAUCGACCCGAAUCCCGAUAACUUUGUCUGCGCCGGUAUCGUUCAUAUGAGAGCGCAGCAAGUGGGUUGCCUGUUGCGCCUUGAACCUAAUAAACAAGCCCAGAUGUUUCGUUUAACAGUACGUUCGAGUAAAGAAUCGAUGUCGGUAGAGAUCUGUGACCUGCUGGUGGACCAAUUUUAAACGGCCUAGCAGGCGUAAAUAUUAUAUCGAGAAAUUAGCAUUACGUCGUGAGAGGACAUAUCAUUAUCGAACGAUGAUGUCAUCUCGCGUCGUUCAAAAAGAUACUGAUGGUUAUUUGUUAAGAAAUCUUUGCGUUGUACCCAAGCUUACACUCAUAACGCUCUUGUAUAAGAUCUAUAUCUCCGUGUAGGUAGUUUCGUGUCAUUGUAUAUCAUUUUAUCGAAGAGGCAUAAGUUUGAAUCAGGACUAUCGAAAUCAGGUACAGAAGGAAAGAGGGGAUGUAUAUGAACUGGCUAUGACAGACAGUAUUAUCUCAUAAUUGAGGAUACUAAGGUGUGGAUCUACUUUGAAUGCGUCUACAUCUUACAUUACAAUUUACAAUUUAAGCGAAUGAAGCAAGAAUGCGAUAUAGAGAAGGGGAAUGUAAAGCUAGAUAUUUUAGUUACGGAUAAUGUACGUACUGUAGAAACACUCGAGCCGAAUCAUAGAAUCAAAGCGAGUAAGAGUUUUCUUUUUUUUACUGAGUUUUAUAACACAAGUUGCUCCCUCCGUAUCGUUACAAUUUGUAUAGUUUUUAAACAUCGAUUGAGCUUUGUUCGUUGAGAGUGGAACAUCUCUCUUUGCACAUCAUUUUAUUUUCUAUCGUUUUGUACCUACGCGUCGUGAGUUCUGUUCGUAUUCAUGCAUUGCUCGCAUCGAUAUUUUGCCAUGAGAUUGCCGCGUGAGCGAGCGUAGAUUUGGGCACAAUGACAGUAGUUGUAUAAUAUGAGCUGUUUAACUAUAGAUAUCCCUAUAUUUAACGGAGCUGCGAAUUCAUUGUGUAUAAUUAAUAGUUUAUAUUUAAUUGUCUCUGUCCCAAUCUUGAUUUGGAAGAAUGUCCUACAUUUUCUAUCAUUGAUAUUGAUGUAUAAAUCCAUGGCUGGUCAUUUCUACGUUUGGAAUAUGUGAUGUGGAGGUAUAUAUCGUAUUAGUAAAUCAUUAAUUGAAAUCUAAAAUCUGUUUUGCAAGUUAACUAUUUGUAUCUGUAGAAUUACGUUUUAUUAUCUUCAGAGUCUUGCGUAAGAUGUAUAUUUCAGUAGAGUGUACAACUCUCUGUACAGAUAAUAUUUACUAAUGUGUUGAAGUUUUGUGGAAAUGCAUUUUAUAAUAAUAACAGCGGGAAGAGCAGCUCUAAAUAUGAUUUAAAUAUUGCUUUACGACGAUCGACGAUACGUUAUCGAUUUUGUAGGGCUUUACACAAUUGUACAUAUGAAAUUGAUCACAAAUGGCUAUAAAGAUUUUCAGGAUAGAUUGCGCUAAUUCGUAGCCAUAAAAGCUCAAAUUUCUUUCUUAUUCUUCAAUUAUGCUUUACUUUUCAGGGAAGUAAGAUGUAUAUUUUUCAUAUUCAUGUAGUGUGUAAAUCCAUGUUCCCAUUAUACUCCUUUUCUCUCAGAACUUAGAUUAUCGUAUAUUAGAUGUAUUUUAAUUACAGUAUAUACAGGUCGAGAGAACACGGCUCUAUCAGUUUUUUUACGACUUGAUUUAUCGCAUAAUGAGAUUUUAUUAUUAUUAUUACCUUUCUCUUUUUUCUAAUGUUAUUUUACGAUACACGAUAGGAUAUUUUAUUGUUAGGUGUAUGAUUACAAUUGUUAAAUCAUAAGCAAUGUGAAACGAAAUAUCGGCGUUUUAUAUUCUCACUCCUCUCGUUCUCAUAAAACAAUAUUUCAGAGAUUGUUAAUAUAAUAUUAAAUUACGUAUAAAUUGCUGUAAAAUAUUAAUACUUUUAAUAUAUUGGUACUCUAAUAUAUAAUCCAAAUUAAAAUUGUAAUCUAUAAAUUAUUAUAGAGAAAGAGAGAGAGAGACAGACAAAGAAUUUGCUGUGCUAUAUCAUUAUAGAUUUUUCUUAAAUAUUAUUAAAUGUAAUAUAUGCAAAAUUUAUGUAUAGAUAAUUUGUGUAUUUUAUAUAUUUGAAUUUAUGAUGAUAUUUAAAUCGCGAUCUUCUUUUAGUCGUUCGAUAAUUAAGGUACGAAUCAAAAUUACAUGAAAUUUACUUUUAAACAGGAAAAAUUACUAGAAAGAAUAGAGAAAUGUUUGUUUUUCCACACAGCCGUCGUAUAUAUGUCGAGACAUUAAUCUCAGCGUUUCACAAGUCUAAACAUUCCUUCGUGAUAGUUUUCUUGUCCAAGGUUCAUGAAAUACCACAAAACUGUGAUCUUCGAUGUUUCUUAUCCUCAAAUCUUUUUCCUAAUAAGAAAUUCUUAAUGGACCGAGAGACAGAAAGAUGACGAGAAGAGAUUGAAAGUGUGGAGCUUCUUACAUCUGCAGAAAUUUUUAAGUGUAAUUUGAAAUAAAGAAUAUAUUGUUAAUAUAUUAUUAUUUCACAUUAUAUACAAUUUGUAUAUGAAAUACACUUUAAAAUGUCUACGUGCAUGAAUUUCUCUCUCUCUGUCCAAACUAUACAUUAAGAACAUGUUGUAAUUUCUAUUGAUUUCCUGCCUGCGAUAAUCGACUUUUAUUAACGAAUUUCGUGAUUCAUACAAGUUUUUAUAUGUCGUUUUACCGAGCUUUAUUCUUCCGAAUUUUAUGCGUCUAAAAGCGUUGCGAAGAUUGAUUGACGUGGACCCUCGACCAAUUAUUGACCACCAGUCAUGGAUUUUGCGAGGAAGUUUGAUAACAUUAGUUUUAGAAAAAGACAGUCAACGAUAUUUAUGAUAAUGAUAUCCCCCCCCCCCUCAUUCGUAUUAUUAUAUAGAGCCCGCGUUUAUUAUAUAGAGAUGAGAAUCGUGUUGCGCUUAGAUUUAAAGGGCCCACGCGUGAUCCAACGAUUUACGUAGCAAAAGACUAUUGCACAAAUCAAGCUCGUGCUAUACGUAAAAUUAAAUACACUAGAGAAAUAUCACGCGAAAUUUAUGCAGAUCGAUAGAUCGUGCGCGGGCCGUUUCACAUUCAAAUGAAAGUUGCGUUAAUAUAUAUAUAUAAUAUACAUACCUUUAUAUUAUAUAUAAAUACAAGAAUUAUAUAUAUAUAUAUAUUAAGAGAAAUGUGUGGCGACACACAGUUGUUAGAUUAUCACGCGGCGAUGCCCCAAUCUGCUGACGAUCGGGGCCGUCGACGUCGGUACGAUUCGAUAUUUGACUAUAACACGUGCCGAAUAUCCGAAUAACUCGAAUACCUCGAAUGUCCAUCCGUGCGACUCGUUGUUACCCGUUAGAAUUCCUCGGUCAGCCGAAAUACUCGCAGGGUCGCGCGAAGCAACGUAAUAUGAGACACUCUUCCUACGGUCUGUCGCGUUUCGCAUCUCGCAUUAGAGCCUAUAUCUCACCUUCUGCUUUAGGAUUAUUUAUGAAACGUCGGGACGUUCUAAUAUUCGGAUGUUCGAACGUGCAGUCCUAAAAAAUACUCGUCUGUUCGCGCGAGAUAAAUUAAAGAGAAAAAAAAAA